ACCCUUUUUGCUCUUCCUGCUACAUCUGCGCCUCUGAUGCACUCCUCUGCAGAAAAAGUUAUGGACUUGCAGGAGCAGCCAGUUAGCACUAAGUCGCUUUGUCAAGAGGAUUUUACUGCAGUCCCGCUUGAUACUGCUCCUUCUCUUCCCUCCUUCUCUCCUAUCUCAGCUGAUCCCUUUAAAGAGCACUCAGCCUUUGAAACACUCUCAGAUGGAUUACCUGCAAGAGGCAUUUACAAGGAAAAUGCAAGUGAGGUUUAUAAAGAAACUAUGGAAAAGGCAAGAAAUCCAUUUCUUACAGAGGGAAAUGAAAGAGACAUUUCAGAAAUGAAAUACUCAGAACCCCCAUUUCCUAAAGCAGAAGCAGCCAUUUUAUCUCAAGCUAAAGAAGAAACACAGCUAGAGGGCCCUAAAGAAUUACUUAAUCUGGAGAAAAUGCCUGCAGAGCAGCUGAAAAUGUCUCCAGAAACUCCUCAAGAUUUGUUUGAGAAAAAUGAGGAAGAUCUCUUUUAUAACAAAGACAAAUACAGAGGUGGUGAUCACGGUGAAAAAGGGGCAUUGAAAGAAGACCCUCUUAGGAGGGAAGAAUAUGCAGACUUCAAACCAUUUGAGCCAAUAUGGGAAGUAAAAGGUGCUAGUCCCAGACUGAGCAGCGUAAGAGAGGAUGUUGGAAGUAAGGUAGAUGCCAAACUAGAAAGCAGUUUAGAUGGGAAAUAUGCUGUAGACAAGCUGUAUGUGCAGAAGGAUUAUGAAAGAGAGAGUGAGGGCAGUACUGAAGAUCUCUCUUUCCCAAGUACCCCGGAAGCUGUAAAAGAACCUUCUCAGACUUACAUCACUUGUACUAAAUUUGAAUCCUCUAUAAGUCCUGAUGGUAACAAAGUCAAAUCUCUUUCCCCACUAGAGGAAGGCACUUCAGAAAAUAGAACUGAUGAUGAGAAAAAAAUCGCAGAAAUGAAAGCUCAGACGAGCACAGAACAAGGUGAUUUUAGCACUCGAGCAGUUGGCAAGCAGGAAGGCCAGGAAGCUGACUAUGCUAAAACAGAGAGUAUAUCAACAGUGCCAUCUGACACUGCAGCAAAUAUGCCUGAAGGUCUUACUCCUGAUCUAGUACAAGAAGCAUAUGAAAGUGAAAUGCAUGAUGUGGCAUGUACAAAACUUGCUUAUGAAACGAAGAUUGAUUUAGUUCAAACCUCUGAGUCAGUACAAGAGACUCUGAAACCCGUGACACAACUCUGUCCCUCAUUUGAAGGGUCAGAAGCUGCUCCAUCACCAAUAUUGCCCGAUAUUGUUAUGGAAGCCCCACUGAGCACUGGGACUGCUGGUGCAGAAGCAUCUGCUGUGCAGCUUGAAGCUUCCCCAUUAGAAACAUUUAUCCCUACUGCUAAUUAUGAGAAUGUAAAAGAAGAGACUGAAAAACCUCCCUUAUACCAAGAGGCAGUGAAUGUACCCCUGACACAGGCCCAAGAAGCAAAAGAGGCAGUAGCAUUUAAAAAACCUGAUCAUGAGGGUAGUGCCAGUCCUGAAGAUACAGAGACUCCAUAUAUAUCUAUUGCAUGUGACCUAAUUAAGGAAACAAAGGUCUCUGGUGAAUCAGUUUCUCCAUCCUUUACAGAUUAUUCAAAGACACCAAUAACAGAAUGCAUUUCUCAGGAUGAGCCUGAACACAAGGAACUUGUUGAAAAACUCUCCCCUCAGUUUGGAAAAUCUGACUUGUUUAAUAGCCAGGUGAUACCUGAAUUUACUGAGAAAGUGAGUGAAGAUCCAUCUCUCAUCUUAAAAAGUAAAUCAACUGAGAAUGUUGUAACUGAUGAUGAACAUGAAGAAGGACUGGUGGAUUCAGUAGCUGCCACAGGCAAGCCUUAUCUGGAGUCUUUCCAACCUGAGCUGGACUCUUCCAAAAUUGUUGCUGCUCUGCCAUCUGAGCCAACACCUACAAAAAUAGCCAAGGCAGAGAAGAUUCCUCUUCAAAUGGAAGAGCUGAAUACUAUGGCUUAUUCAUCUGAUGUGUCUGUUGCUACGGAACCAAAAACAGGAGACAACAAAGUGCUCUCAUCCAUGGAGUCUUCCCCAGUCCCAGUGGAAGAAGACUUUGUGAUGUUAGCUCAUCCUAAAACUGCUCCUGAGUUUGUGGCAGCAGCCAUUGACAAAGAAGUAAUGCACAAAGAUGAAAGUGAAGAGAUCAGUAAGGCGAUCAAAGGUGAGAAGAGGCAGUUGCCUUGCCCAGAGCUACCCUGUGAUCUGUCUAUAAGGAAUGUAGAAGUAAAAGCUGAGGAAGAUACUAAUGCCUUGAAAAAGUCCUUGGAGGCUGUGGACAGAGAAGUGCCUGAAGUAUCCAUGAUGUCCUUACUGGCCACAGAUACCUCGCCUUUACCUGCUGAAAGAGAAACAGUCAGUGUAGUAAAACCGGAAGCUUUUGAGAAAGAAGCUGAGCGAGAAGCUGCUUCUGUUAAAGAAAAGGAAAAACCUACUGCUGUAUUUUCAGCAAAGCUGAAUAAAUCUUCAGUUGUUGACCUCCUUUACUGGCGAGACAUUAAGAAGACGGGAGUGGUGUUUGGUGCCAGCUUGUUCCUGCUGCUUUCAUUAACAGUGUUCAGCAUCGUGAGCGUGACAGCUUACAUUGCCUUGGCCCUGCUUUCUGUGACGAUCAGCUUUAGGAUAUACAAGGGAGUUAUCCAGGCAAUCCAAAAGUCCGAUGAAGGCCACCCGUUUAGGGCUUACUUGGAGUCUGAUGUAGCUGUGUCUGAAGAGCUUAUUCAGAAAUACAGUAAUGUUGUGCUUGGUCACGUUAAUGGCACAGUCAAAGAGCUGAGACGUCUCUUCCUAGUCGAUGACUUAGUUGAUUCUCUGAAGUUUGCAGUGUUGAUGUGGGUAUUCACUUAUGUUGGUGCCUUGUUUAAUGGUCUGACAUUACUGAUUCUGGCUUUGAUUUCGCUCUUCAGUGUUCCUGUUAUUUAUGAGAGACAUCAGGCCCAAAUUGACCAUUAUCUGGGACUCGUGAACAAGAAUGUCAAAGAUGCAAUGGCUAAGAUCCAAGCAAAGAUCCCUGGGUUGAAGCGCAAAACUGAGUAAAAAGCCUGAAGCAACUUAUCGAUAGGAAGUUCAUCUUUUAAGGGGGAAAAAAAAUACUCAUUUGGAUUUACAUGGGGAGGGUCAGGGAAUAGCAAACCCCUUGACAUUGCAGUGCAAUUUCACAGAUCUUUAUUUUUUAGCAACGCAGUGUUUGAGGAAGAAUAACUGUUUUGACUGCCAUGUGUUUCAUCAUCUUAAGUAUUGUAAGCUGCUAUGUAUGGAUCUAAAACUAAUCAUCUUUCUUUAUCCUGUGUGCAGCACUGGCUAAUACAAAAGAUUUGAGAAAGCUGUACAUUUUGCUUCAUCAGAGGUAGUCCCUGCUGCGUUCCAGAAGAGGUAGUGCAGGUGGAGCGGAGGAUAACACUUCCCAGUUUGUGCACUGUGUAUGGUCUGUGUAGAUUGAUGCCGAUUUUCUAAAAUGAGAUGUUUUAGAAGAAUAUACCAUUUUAGCAAGUUUUGAAAAAUCUUGCCUUUUUGGUAUGAGUAUAGCUGUAUUGUGAUUUUAUUGUUUUUUCAAUUGCCAAUAUAUAUAUAUAUAUAUGUGUUUCACAAAGCUUAGAUCUUUCAGCUGCUCCACAGUGCUUCAUACCUUCAGAGAAUUGACAAUUUCUGGACUAGCUCCAUAGCACACAAGCUUGAAAAACUAAAAUGUCUCUGUAAACACUAGCAUCUGUUUAAAAAAAACAAAAGCAAAAACAAAGGAGAAAUGAACAAAGGAAGCUCCACGUAUAUUAAAAGAAAAUUACAGCAUACACUUUGUUGCACAAACGUACAGUAGUUGAUUUUGAGCAAAUAAUUUUACAGUCUCUCAAACUCUGAUAAUCUGUGGACCGAAUAUCUAAUGCUGCAAAUGUUGUUUGGAAACUUAAAACCUUGUUAUGCAAGAAAUGAUAAAUGAAAAUUUAUACACUUGCAGUUUAAGCUGUAUUGAACUAAGUCUGUGGAAUGCAUUGUGAAAUGUAAAAAAAAAAAAAAAAAAA